AACCCGCCCCUUCCCCCACCUGCCCUCACACCACCUCGGCCCUGACUGGAGAAGUCCUGUUUCUAUUUGGACCACAGGUUGAGUAUCUGAUGGGAACAUGCCAGACAGCUUCUGUGGAACAUGGGACAUGGUCAGCAACGCCAACAUGGAAGGGUACAUGGUGGCACUUGGCAUAGGCGACACCACACGGAAGAUCGCUCUGAAACUGAAGCUGAAGAAGGUGAUUGAGGUGCAGGGAGAGCGCUACACCAUCCAAACUCUCAGCACCUUCAGGAAAUACAUUGUCUCUUUCAAGGUUGGACAGACAUUCGAGGAGUCCACCAAGGGUCUUGAUAGCAGACGUUGCCAGUCGCUGGUGGAAUGGGAGGGCAGGAGGCUGGUGUGUGAGCAGACUGGGGAGAAGAGGAACCGGGGCUGGGCUCACUGGAUCGAGGACGACAAACUGCAUCUGGAGCUGUAUUGUGAAGGGCAAGUUUGCCAGCAAGUUUUCAAAAGAAUACAGUGAAUGACGGUUCAUCUCCCGAAGAGAAAUUGUUCCAUCAUUUAAACACAUUGUGUUGCUACUCUAAGUCCUGAGUAGUAGAAUGAGAAACCCUGCAUAAAUAACCACUAUUCCUUAGUAUGCUGUUUUCUAGGUAAUAAGCACUGAUUUGAUAAAGUUCAAAUGGCGAAGUGCAUGCACUGGGAAUGUAUUGUGUGGGGAUGAAAUUAUGUUAUUUAACCACUAGAAGGCGCAAUUGGAUCAUUGUUAACAAAAUGGUGUUGCUUACUGGCCUUACUGUCUUCAAAGCCAAUCAAAUAAUUUGGUUCCUCGGAAGUUAAGUGUUUGUUGCAGUGGUUAAGAAACAAUUGUCGCCUUUUUCACUUUCAACUGAACCCCUACUGUCAUCUGUAAAGCAUCUACAGAGAGACCAAUCCUGAAUUCGGUCUGACAAUGUUUGCAAUUAUAUGUUGAUUUGAGAAUGACACAAUCACUAACUACACAGCCCCUAUCUAAUGCUUGUGCUGUUCCAGAGUCGGGUAUUGUCUUUGGUAAUGUAUUUUAUUAGCUAAAUUAUUGCAAUAUUCUGUAUUGUAAAAUAAAAUGUCAAUUUGUGAACAAC